AUGACAGAAGAUUUCAUUCCAUCUGCGUCUAUUGAUAGCCAUUCAAUGCCAAUGGAAGUACAAAUACCAUUACUAGAGCCAUCUUCAAAUGCAAAAGAUUCUAGCCAUAAUAAUGAUCUUAAAUCUCUUCCUAACAAUAAUAACAAAACAAGGUCUUCAUUCGUUGACGAAAAGAUACCUGAUCCACAUAUUGUUCAGUCUUCACUUAAUGGAUCGAAGGCAUUAAAAAUGUCUGAUAGAUUAUUUGCUGUGUCUCAGUUAAAAACAUUAGCAUUCUAUCAAGCAUUACUUAGUGAAUUUAUUGGAACAAUGUUACUUGUAUUAAUAGGUUCAUCUAUUGGUUUACCAGUUGCAUCUAAAUCCGUACCUGAUCUACAUGGCGCUCUUGCAGCUGGUCUUACUAUUGCUACUAUUAUCGUCGGAUUUGGUCAUACGAGUGGAGCACAUAUUAAUCCAGCUGUUACAGUAACAUUUCUUGCUGCAUGUGAAAUUGAUUUUCUACGAGCAUUCUGUUAUAUUGGUAUGCAGCUUCUCGGUGCAAGUUGUGGUUCGAUUUUAUUAAAAUCGCUUGUACCAUCACAUGCACAAGGUAAUUUAGGUAUGACAAUGAUUACUACAGGUGUUUCAGUUUCACAAGCAUAUGUGGUAGAAUCUAUAAUAACUUUUAUAUUAUGUUAUACUGUACAUGCUAUUUGUGAUAAACGACGCGAUGAUAUUGGUGGUUCAAAAGCUUUAGCCGUUGGUUUAGCUGUAGUAGUAGGUUGUUUAUUCGGUGGACCUUUCACAGGUGGUUCAAUGAAUCCAGCUCGAUCAUUUGGACCUGCUGCAGUAAUGAAUUCAUGGGAAAAUCAUUGGGUUUACUGGUUUGGACCAUUGACUGGCUCUAUUGCAGCGGCAUUAGUUUAUUCGCAUAUCUUCAAACAUCAUCAUCAAUGA